CAGGGUCCGCCGGUCAUGUGACUUAGCAGUAUCGUAGUGUGGAGACCCCUGGAAUCAUUCCAAAGCACUGCAAACUGCCUGAACUAAACCGAGGUUGGGGCAGAGCGACCCAGGUAACUUUUGAUGUCAACAGAUAUUUAAGUUUGUGAAGAGCAUGUUCAGUUCAGCUUUGGACUGUGUCACUGAGAGGACGUUAUGGAGCCCGAAAUCGAUCAAGAUCCGAAGGUUGCAUUUGCUAAGGUCUAUCAGAAAGCCCGGGCAAUGGGUUUGACUGAUAAUGACCUGAAUAAGUUAGAAUCGUUAGAAUAUAUCAGGACUGAAAAUUCAAAGAAGUCAUCAUAUCGAGGAUACUUGGCAUCUGUUCUGUUGCUUUGCGUUGCGUUAGUGUUCAGCGUUAUCUUGACGGACUAUCCUGUCACUAAACAAGUGGCGUUAGAAAAGUUAUGGUAUGGUAGCGGUAUAUAUGUUGAAGAUGAACGUUGUUUGCUCGAUUUACGAGAAAAAAUUUUGGAUUUUUUUCGACCUGUUACAAACUGUGAUAUUUGUAGAAAUCUUCAUGAGGUGGAUAGGGUUGCCAAUAUUACUCCAGAAGAGUUUGAGGCUAAAUAUGCUUACACGGGACGACCUGUUGUUAUCACAGAUGGUGCUAAAAACUGGUCGGCGCCGGAAGUGUUUAGUUUCAAGUACUUCAAAGAGCUGUAUCCGGAGGGAAGUCCAGUCCUCAAGAACAUGAAAGAAAAUUGCCAGUUCUUUCCGUACAAAACCAGUUUUCAAAAUCUUGGCGAGGUGUUUGAAAUGAGCGAGGCAAGGGCUAAUUUGCAGGAUGGGCAGUCUCCUUGGUACAUCGGUUGGAGUAACUGCGAUCCAUCUGUAUCAGCUGAGUUACGUACCCAUUAUCAGCGACCAUAUUUCUUACCCAAGUCUUCGGAAGGAAUGAGAACUGACUGGAUCUUCAUGGGCAGUCCUGGGUAUGGAGCCCAUAUACAUGUUGACAAUGUUAACAACCCAUCAUGGCAAGCCCAAAUCGCAGGCAGAAAAGUUUGGACCUUGAGACCCCCAUUAGAAUGUUAUCAUGAGUGUCCAAGAGAAAUCAAAGCCACCAUAAACUCGGGAGAAAUGAUUGUUGUGGACACAAACACCUGGUACCACGGCACUGUGGUGGUAGGCGAUGACAUAAGCAUCACCAUUGGAUCAGAGUAUGACUAGUAGACUGGACUCUUCUCUGUAACAGCUGGCGAGGCCUGCUACAGUGGGUGCACCAUCUUGAGGCUUCACUAGUUAACGUGAUACUAUGAUGUGAUUUACAACUUUGCGGAAAAAAUACGUCCGUUUUUAAUUGUUGAUCACAAAUGUAAAGCUCAAAUUUUCCAUUUUUGAUUAGAUUUAUUAUAAAAUCGCUAAAUGCAAACUACUGCGACCGCGAAAAUGUUCAUGUUGUGACGUCAUCAAUGAAAACGGCAUCGAAGCGAGCCGUCCGGGCGGGAUUAAACCAUCAAUUUCUGGAAAAUGUGCAUUUCGAUUCGAAAACCUUACCGAUUGAUGAGAAAGUGACGUAGUCAUUUGUCAAAAACAGCUAAAACAUUAUAUGGUGAAAUUUGACAUGAGUUACCCUUUAAUCACCACCAUUUUGGCUAGAACUACUUAAAAAUCAUAAAAGAAUAAGAACUCCCUGAAAAAAGAAGUGAAUGCCCAUUUAAGUCAUGGGAGGAUGUGGACAACUUUUAAAAGUUUACGAAAAUCUGAUGUGCUAAUUACCAAUAUGAGCAGAUUAUUUUGUGAAUGUUUAACCCUUGAUGGCUCAAGAUGGGUGAGCAAAUGUUUUAACGUUUGUGGCUAAUAGGUUAAGAACAACGUACAUUAACGCUCAGGAGCAACAGAAAACUCUUUGUAGCCAUAUCCAUAUUGAGAAGGGAUAAUUGUAGAAUUAUUGCUGAGAUCGGUGGCAUAGUGGUUUGAGCACCGGGCUCAUAAUCAGGAGGUCGUGUGUUCGAUUCUCGGAAGGGGUCACCGCUGUUUCGUCAUUGUGUCCUUGACCAAGGCACUUUACUCCACUUUCUUCUCUCCACCCAGGAGUAAAUGGGUACUAGCUGGCAGAGAUGGCCCAAUAUGAAUGUUAGUCCUGAGUGCUGUAUAGCUGCAGCUCGGACGUGUGAUACUCCCAGAGAGUAGAGCUUGAAUCCAAAUGUACAUGCCAAUAUAGCCAGUGGCAAAUAUGGAUUAAAUCUAAGAUAGAUACUUGCUAGUGGUAAUAAUGUGAAGCGCUUUGAGUGACUGAAACAAGUUGGAUUUAGCGCUAUAUAAGUCUCAUGAUUAUUAUUAUUAUUUUUGUUUUUUUAAAAAUAAAUACUCCUCAAUUGCUUUGUUAAGUUGUUGCAGUUGUGAGUUGUGGGUGUGUGCAAUAGGCCUUUAUAGUUUAGUAUUCAUAUAUGAAUUUCAGGUUUAUCCAAUAAGCCUAUAGCCUGGUCUUUGACAGGUCAUUUCAAAUCAUUUGACUCUGAGCACUUUCCAAGCUACAUUAUCGGAUGAGAUAUAAAAAAGCAUGAUCUGUAUCAUCCUGGUAUCAAUUGUUUUCAAUAUACUCCGCAUCUCGAUAUUUUGUAUACGAAAUUGGAGAAAAAAGCCUGAUCUCAGGAUGGGAAUGCACGUUUUAUUCUCUGAAAAUAAGUCAUUGUUUAAGUUAAAUGUCUACGCCGUGACAUCGGAGAUGAACUAAUGUAUUGAUGUGUUACUUCAAAAUAUUUCAAUACACCUUUUGAAGGCAAAUCUGUUUGCUUCCUCUCGAGUGGUGUAGGUUAUUUUCGAACUUCCUCCUCGGGCUUUGAAACGUUUCAGGUGAUAAAUUUGCUGGAGUUACCUCGGAGGAGCGAUCUCGAAAUGUGUUUACUUCCUCUUCAGACAUGGUGGUGUCAAUUUAUAGCGGAGCUUUCCGAAGCAUUGAAAAGGUUCAGGUGAUCAAUUUGCCGGAGUUAACCUCGGAACCACAGAAUAACUUAUUUCAGCGUAAAAGUGGCACUGUGCCAUGUUAUCUAUGACGUGCUCUUUGUAUUCAUUAAAGAAGAUGUGAAAGGUUCACUUCAAUACCAAGUCAUUUCAGAUAUAUGCAAACUCUAAAUCAAAUUUUUUGACAAGGAUUCGUGGUUUAGACGAGCUCUCAGAAAGUAUGUGUGAAGUUUUGCAUACAGAAAUCAAAGUACAAAUAAAAAAAUGUACCAUUGUUGAAAAAUGUAAAAAAUAUGUGUAUAAUGGUUUGGUUUUAAAGUAGUACUGGUGAUAUUUGUAAAUUGUACAUUAAUCAUGUAACUUAUAAUUAUAAUCUCCUCAUAAAAUGAGUCAUCAUAACAUGUUUAUUCAUAGGUGUUUAUAUCAUAUCGUGACCAGCAGUUUAAUGUGAAGGACUAUGAUUCAGGGACUAUCUUACCAUUUACACCACCACUCGUCACUGUGUACGUGAUGUACUGCUAAUGUAAACACCUGGACUCCUUCACAAAUGCCUGUGACUAUACAUUGUAAAAAUAACCCUGGUUUGGUGUGGAUGUGUGUUCUAAUGUUUACUGUUCUAGGAGAGCUUUGUGAAGGGUAAAAUUCAUGCAAUUUUGAUGAGCUCGUUAUAACCAAAUGUGAAAAUGAGCAGGUCAAUUCGUGUCUGUUAACCCUUGAUGGAUGUUAACAUAAAUAUUGGAAUGUAUGUUAAAUAACAUACUCAUCUAUUUAUUCGCAGACUAGGUUAUGUAAGAAAAUCUUCAAAAGAAUGUAAAAUGUAACCCUUUGUGAUCCAUAAUGUAAAUGUUCAUUUAGAAUUCAUCAUGUAAGUGGAUUGAAUAAA